GAUUUACCUGACUUCAGAGUAUUCAGCAGAACUUAAGAUAUGAACAGCUCGGUAAGCCGCGUAAUGGAACUGACAAUAAGACUGCUGGGAGGAGUUGUGAAGCGUCUGGAGGUGAGCGGUGAUGCCACAGUUGGCGAACUCAAGCAGCGCAUUUCUCAACUCUUCGGAGAGCCUCCUUACAAACAGAAGCUUUCUGCCGAUAACGGUACCCAUAUCAGCCUCGAGGACGAUUCCAGAACCCUCAGCAGUUACGGGUUGCACUCUGGAUCAGUGGUGAGUCUGCUCAUCACGAACCCAGCUGGACCUUUCCAAGUGUUCGUCAGGAAUGAGAAGGGCCAGACUGGAACGUAUGAUGUUGAUGUCAAUGAGACCGUGGAUCAGCUCCAGACUAAGAUCUACAACAAAGAGAGAGUCCCGAAGGAUCAGCAAAGACUGAUUUACAACGGAAGACAGCUGGAGACUGGCAGGAAGUUGCAAGAAUACGACAUCACACCACUAAGCACCAUUCAAAUGACUCUCCGUCUGCGAGGAGGUUGAUCGGUGAAAUGUGUGCAAAAAUGACUAAAAAGUGUUGUCGUGAAAUGUGUUUAGUGAUGUAAAUACGGUAGGCCUAUUACUCAGUAUCAGAAUAUUGUGGUUUAAUAUCUUUUUUGGUGAUUGAUAAAACGUAGGAAUUGGGGAACAAUGUGUUAAGAGCUCAUGUAAUUCCACUGUAUUUAUCUGCAUUUUAUAUAACUGUAGGAUCUAUCUUAUAUCGUUAUGAAUGAUCUUGAACUGUAACUAAAAUAAUAAAUGCUCGAAUCAUUCCCAAGAAGUGAGUUUGUUUUUGACUUAGUUUCUAGUUCAGUGGUUCUCAAGCUUUUGUGAUUUACUGAAUACGAUUUUUUAAACUCACAAUUUCUAGAUAUUCACAAUGCUAGCCACAAACUUGUCAUGUGAGGUGUGUUUACGCUCGCACCCAGAAAUGGAGAACAAGACGCAAGACAUUCUUACAAUUCCAGAAAAGAUCACUGUGGGGAUUUUAUUUGUUUCUUGUUGUCAUUCUAAUGUCCUGAAGUAAA